UAAGCGUAAAAUAAACAAUUAAAGAAUAAAAUAGGAGAUACAAUCGGUGAUGGCGAACAGUAGGGUAGCAUACUUGUGUACCCUCCUGAUAAUCUGAAAAGCAAGUAGAGAUAUGGCUAUAUGCCAGGGAGGAAUUCUGUCUAUAACUGUAAGGCCACCUCGUAGAAUUACUAGGUAAUGAGCUGAGGGUGUAACUAGGACGACUACGUAUAUUGUUAAUUCAGCCAUUAAAAUGAUAUCCGGUACAGUGUUGAGAGCACUGGGGCGGAUGUAAAACACGUGAGCUAAGUCACGUGCUGAGAUAUUUCAGGACAUUUCGGGUCUCCAAUAUCCUCUAUUAAAAGUAUGGCUGACCUAGUACGAGAGACGCUCUACGUCAACAACCUCAACGAUAGAGUAUCCACAACGAAGCUCAAAGAUGCGCUUUCCCAGUUGUUCGAGAAAUACGGAAAGAUUGUACAAAUCACCGCCCAUUCCAACUUGAAGAUGAAAGGACAAGCAUUCAUAACGUUUGAGAACAACGAGGCCAGCUCGUUGGCCCAGAAAGAAUUGGAUUCCCACGAAUUGUUCAGCAAGAAGAUGCGCGUGCGAUUUGCCAGGUCUAAUUCAGACAACUACCACAUCACAGUCACAGGAAAUACUGCCCCUGUGGAAGACAGAAAGAAAACCAAGGAAGAGGUGCUGAAAAAGCGAAAACUCGAAACAAAGCCCAAGAGGUCAGCAGCUUCGACAGCAACGAAAAAGAGGAAGGUCCAGGACUUCAAUCUGUUGCCACCUCACAAAAUAUUGUUACUCCAGAAUAUAGGCUCGCAAGUCGAACCCAGCCAGUUGAACGAAUUCUUUGAAAAGCACAGUGGCUUCAUCAACGUCCGUUCAGUCAAGGUGAGGAACUUGGCGUUCAUUGAAUACGAUAGCGAACCCUUGGCAACCAGUGCCUUGGACAGUAUUGAUCAAGAGGAACUCAAGGGGUUGUUUGGGGAAGCCGUUCUAUUAACAUAUGCUAAAAAAUAGUGUAAAUACAAGAGUUUUCGGAGUG